ACAGAUCGUGUCUUUGCGGAAGCUCGGAGGAGCCGAGGCGGCGCUACAGCUAAUUAGCAUAAAGUAGUUGCCGCUGCGCUGCUGUGGAUGGACGGCUGAACCGAACCACCGGAACCGACACCGCCUCACCACCGCCAAGGCAACGCCGAGUCCGGCCUCAGUUUGUCGGGAUCGUGUCACCGUCCGCCUGCCGAGGAGAUGGGGGACAAGGCGGGCACCAGAGUUUUCAAGAAGUCCAGCCCCAACUGUAAGCUCACCGUGUAUCUGGGGAAAAGGGACUUCGUGGACCACCUGGACCACGUGGACCCAGUGGAUGGAGUCAUCCUCGUCGACCCAGAGUACCUGAAGGACCGCAAAGUCUUCGUCACGCUCACCUGUGCGUUCAGGUACGGCCGCGAGGACCUGGACGUCCUGGGUCUGUCCUUCAGGAAGGAUCUCUACAUCUCCACCUUCCAGGCCUUCCCUCCGGUUCCUGAGGAGAAGAAAGCCAACAGCCGACUGCAGGAGCGGUUGCUGAAGAAGCUUGGCCAACAUGCACAUCCCUUCUACUUCACAGUGAGUCCAGGUCCCCGGCACCAGAACCAGAACCUCUGGGUCCACAUGAGUCUGGGUCCUGCAGAAUGA